ACUUCCUUUCCUUUCAUUUCUCUAUUUCUUUAUCCAACUUCGGAAAAUUCUUUCAAGCCACCUCAAUCUCUCUGUAUAUAACCCUCAUCUCAUCCACCAUUUUCACCAAAAAUUCAUCAAACUCACUAAUUCUCAAGCCAAUUGUUAGUAAACUAAACAUGGGGAAGAGCAGCUGGUCUUUGCUUAGCCACCUGAGAAUGGCCGUUAAGAAGCUGAAAAUGUUGCUGGACCUGAACUUAAGUCGGUGGCGUAUUGCUUCGAUGAUCGGUGCUUCUUCAAGCCACCGUUUAUUCAGCUUGAACGACCGGCCAGGCUUGAGGGCAUGCACGGAAGAAGAUAUGGAGUCGUCGUGGGACGAGUCGAGUUCAGUUUCGAGAUCAGGAUCGCUUCACAGAACGAUAAGUUAUACUUCCGAUCAGGAUGAUAUCGACAAGAGAGCUGAAAUGUUUAUUGCUAAUUUUCAUAGACAACUUCAGAUGGAGAGACAGAUCUCUUUGAAGCUUCGUUAUUGUAGAGGAAACAGCUCUGGAUCUUCUGUUUCUCCUUGAGGAUUUGACCAUGGAGUCUCUGUGAAGAAGCCUGUGUUUUUUUUUUCUGAGAGGUUUUCUAUGCAGAUUUAAUUGCACAAAAUUUUUUUGAUUUAUUUUUUUAAUUUUAAUUUCUUUCUUGUGUUGGAUUGUAUUUGAAUUUUCUUCUUCAUGUUCGUUUAUUCUUUAAUUUAAUUUAAUUUAUUUUAUACAAUGUAAUUAAAGAUAAUAGGUAAUUGUCAUCUAUUUAUGAGUAGUGUUAUA